UGCAAUGGCGGGGAGGCUGCUGGGAGCCGCCGUUCUCCUGUGCCUGCUGGACAUUGCCCACACCUUUGCCAUCGAGGAGCAAGCAGAUGUGUUCAAGAGAACGGCUUGUCCCGCUUUCCUGGCGUUCGACAACGCCGCGUACCUGGCUGACAUGACCUUCGAGCUGCCUUGCAACUGCAAGCCCGAGGAGGUCUCCUCCGUCGUCUGGUACUUCCAGAAGGACAUGGGCGGCCGCAGGACCACGGUGCUGACGGACUUUGCAGGCACAGUGGUGGUGGACUCGGGCCACAUCCGCACGGGCAGCGACGUGCUGAAGCGCUUCAGCAUCCGCAUGUUCAGCCUCAUCGUCUUCCGGGCGCAGGUGAGGGACUCGGGACACUACCUGUGCGGCACCGAGAGCGGCGACUUCUUCUACGGCUACGACGUGGACGUGCAGCCCACCGAGCGCAUGGCGGUGGCCUUCGUGGACAGAGGCCAGCGCGCCCGGGGCGACUACAGCGAGCGGCGAUUCAGCCUCUUCACCGGCUUCUGGGACUGGAGCAGCUGCGACCGCUGCGGGGUGCGGGGCGAGCAGCGGCGCGUGGGGCUGUGCUACGUGCGGAGCUCGGGGCUGCACCCGCGCUACCGCUCCGCCGUGCCCGGCGUCACGUCCUGCGGCUCCGGCGCCGUCCCCGCGCGGCUCCGGCGCCGCGCCCGCCUCCGCGGCCCCGAGGUGGCCGUCCGCAGCUGCCUGAGCCCCUGCCCGAAGGAGGAGGCCCCCGAGGAGGGCGUGCAGGCCAUCUCCAACGUCAUCUCCAAGCUGGGCGAGAGGCCGUGGCUGCCGCGCGUGCCCACGCAGUUCCACCGGCAGCCCCGCGGCAGCCACCUGACCAUCGCGUGCCCCGGCGCCCGCCCCGAGCACGCCGUGGGCUGGGACAAGGGCUCCACGCGGCUCUACCGCUCCCGCUACCUCGUCGGCGUCAACAGCAGCAUGAGGGUGUUCAUCGACCACGGGAACCACCUGCACAUCCGGCGGCUGCGCGGCAGCGACAGAGGCACCUACUUCUGCUGGCGGGAGGGCGCGCUGGUCGCCGGCUUCCAGCUCCGUGUCACCGCCCGGCAGCGGCGCCGGCGGGCGCUCGGCGACCCCGACACCAUCUACGCCAUCAAGGCCAUCGGCACGAGCUACGUCGUCAUCUGCAUCAUCUUCGUUGUCGUCCACAUCAGCCGCUGCAGCCGGCGGCUGUGCAGGAGCCCUGCCGGCACGUAG